AUGGAUAAGAAACUGGAUAUCUUCAGGAGGGAAUUAGUGGAUGUUCAAGGGAUCCCUCUCUUCUGGAGCAUUGCUGAACAGUGGUCCGAAGUGGAGUCAUUUGAGGCCCGGCCCGAUGAUCUUUUGAUCUCCACCUAUCCCAAAUCUGGGACAACUUGGAUCAGUGAAAUAUUGGAUUUGAUCUAUAACAAUGGAGAUGCAGAGAAGUGUAAACGGGAUGCCAUCUACAAACGAGUGCCGUUCAUGGAGCUUAUAAUUCCAGGAUUGUCAAAUGGUAUUGAACUGUUGAAAAACAUGCAGUCUCCUCGACUCGUGAAAACUCAUCUCCCAGUUCAACUUCUUCCUUCCUCAUUUUGGAAAAAUGACUGCAAGAUGGUCUAUGUGGCACGGAAUGCCAAAGAUGUGGCUGUUUCUUACUAUUAUUUCUACCAAAUGGCCAAAAUGCACCCAGAGCCUGGCACCUGGGAGGAGUUCCUUGAUAAAUUCAUGGCUGGACAAGUGGGUUUUGGUUCCUGGUAUGAUCAUGUGAAGGGCUGGUGGGAGAAAAGAAAGGAUUACCGUAUCCUUUAUCUAUUUUAUGAAGAUAUGAAAGAAGAUCCAAAGUGUGAAAUUAAAAAAUUAUUAAAGUUUCUAGAGAAAGACGUACCGGAAGAAAUUGUAAAUAAAAUCCUCUACCAUAGCUCUUUUAAUGUAAUGAAGGAGAAUCCUAGUGCAAAUUACACCACUAUGAACAAAGAGGAGAUGGACCAUUCUGUGUCGCCAUUCAUGAGGAAAGGUAUUUCAGGUGACUGGAAGAAUCAGUUUACUGUAGCCCAGUAUGAGAAAUUUGAAGAAGAUUAUGUCAAGAAAAUGAAAGAGUCAACACUUAAGUUUAGAUCAGAAAUCUAG